GUUCUUAAAAAGCUUGAUCAAAUUUCCCAGUGCUCCUCUCUCUUCUCUCACUGGUUCUCUCAUCUCUCUCACUAAAACGACGUCGCGCCUUUUUUGACCUUUUCUUCCUUGAACGGUCUUCUCUCUCUCUCCGAUCGUCGGAAUCGAAACGUCGUCGCUUUGUUUUUUAGCCUCGUCAAUCUUUCUCUGCGAUUCUUGCUCAGUGACGGAAAACAGUUGGGGAAUUUAGAGGCCUAAAGGAAGAAGAGAGGUUAGGGUUUUGGUUAGAUGGAGGCGUCGCCGUCGGGAAAUGGGAGCGGUGGCGGAGGUGAGGACCGGACGGCGUCGUUCGCCUCUAUGCAAUUCCCGGCGCUACGGUUUUUCCGGUCUCCGCUUUCUUUUCUGUUAGAUUACUCCGGUAUACUCACGCCGACCUCGUCGUCCUCGAGCCACCGCGAAGGCGACGCGGAGGCGGUGACUGCCGGCGUCGCGGCCGCCGAUUCGCGGCCGCAUUCUCCUGCGUCCUGCUCCAGCAGCGGCUCAAGAAACGCCGGGGAGGUUUCGAUUCGGAUCAUCGGCGCCGGAGAACAGGAGGACCGCGGGAGUGGUGACGAAACGACGACGGCGGUGCAUGAGAAUGGAGGAGCGGAGGGGUUGGACAGUCAGGCCGGGAUGGAUGAGAGAGUCCCCUUGGUGGCUCCGUCGUCGUCGCCGGAAAAUGAGGCCGGAGAGGGUGGGAAUGGUGUGGAGGAUAAUUCUAGGGAUGCGGCUCACCAGAGAUACGAUAUUCAACAGGCGGCGAGGUGGAUUGAGCAGGUUCUUCCGUUCUCUUUGCUCUUACUCGUCGUCUUCAUCCGUCAGCAUUUGCAAGGUUUCUUUGUCACUAUAUGGAUAUCAGCUGUCUUGUAUAGGUCAAAUGAUAUGGUCAAGAAGCAGACGGCUCUAAAGGGAGACAGGAAAAUCUCCUUUCUUGUAGGCAUGGCUGUUGCUUUUAUGUUUCAUGUGGUUGUUGUUUACUGGUGGUAUGGAAAUGAAGAUCUUUUGUACCCGCUGGCUUUGCUUCCUCCUAAAGCCAUACCACCAUUCUGGCAUGCAAUUUUCAUCAUUUUGGUAAAUGAUACUUUGGUGAGACAGGCAACAAUGGCUUUCAAGUGUUUGUUACUUGUAUACUACAAGAAUGGAAGAGGGCAUAACUAUCGUCGACAGGGUCAAAUGUUGACUGUUGUUGAGUAUUCGCUGCUGCUGUACCGUGCCUUACUACCAGCACCUGUUUGGUACAGAUUCUUCCUGAACAAAGAAUAUGGAAGCCUCUUCUCAUCACUUGUUACAGGAUUAUACCUGACCUUUAAGCUAACAUCUGUCGUUGAGAAGGUUCAAUCAUUUUUUGCUUCUAUAAGGGCAUUAUCACGAAAAGAUAUUCAUUAUGGGUCCCACGCAACAUUAGAACAGGUAACUACAGCAGGAGACCUUUGUGCCAUAUGCCAGGAGAAGAUGCAUGCUCCCAUCCUAUUGCGCUGUAAACACAUCUUCUGCGAGGACUGUGUCUCCGAGUGGUUUGAGAGAGAAAGAACUUGCCCUUUAUGCCGGGCAGUAGUGAAACCUGCAGAUCUGCGAACAUUUGGGGAUGGCUCUACGAGUUUAUUUUUCCAGUUCUUUUAGGAAUCUAAGUCCUGACUUUCACAGCGUAGAUAUAUGAGUAGCAUUCUUGAAACGGUCACGUUUUGUUCUUGCUAUAAGAAAAUGAAUGUAAUCUGAUAACAAUGUAUCAUCUUUAGGUUGGCUCCUGGAAAUCAGAUGGUAGGUGUUAUCACCAGUGGGAGAUGUGGUUUGGUAUUAUGUCAAUGUGUUGCGAUCAUGAGGUCAUCCCUGAACCUAAUGGGUGAUAAAACAGAUGGCACGUGAUUAGUCUACUCCAUCUACAAAACUUUGCCUCUGAUAAAUGAGGUCAACCUCAGAUAUGUUAUCUCCUUUGUACAGAAGUUCUAUGAUCCUUUUUUUCUUCA